CUCAGGCCUUCCCUGCCACGCAAGCAUUUCAAGAUGGCGUCCGGUGACAAGACAUCCCAAAUUUCUCCCUUGCUUUCUUUUGAUUACUCACUGUUAUAAGCUUACAAAUCCAAAAAGUGUCAAAGGCUUGAUCAUGAGCUGGUUUGCUACAUCGAGUUUUACCAGUUUUGCCAAAAGCGCCCUAGAGGAGGCUCAAAAAUCGAUCGAUAAAGUUUUGGAUAUCGAUGAAGGAACAGAGAGUGCAUCCCAGUCUGCGAAGGCUGAUCCGAAUGUCUCAAAGAUGACAGCUAAACAGUCAAAACUUGAAGGCAAAGCAGAUAACCCCAAAAAGACCUCUUCUCAGUCCACCCCAUUGCAACAAUCCAAUCCUGAAAGUAAAUACCAGAGCAAUGGAGGGGGUGACUUUUGGUCAUCAUUCCUGGGUGACCAGGGUGGUUCAGAGAAAUCAACGAAACGAAAAACACCAGUAACUAAAGGGACAACCUCAGUUACCAAGGAAACAACAUCAGUAACCAAGGGAAUAAUAUCUGUUACCAAGGGAGAAGCAUCAAUCACCAUAGGUGCCCCAUUAGUUACCAAAGAAAGAACGUCAUUUACCAAGGAAACAACAUUAGUUAACAAAAGAGCAAUGCAAGAUACCAAAGAGGUAGAAUCUGUUACAAAAAGUGCAACAUCAGUUUUAAAAAGCACAGCAUCAAUUACCAAGGUUUCAGACACCAUGGCAUCAGUCACCAAGACAUCACCAUCAUCAUCUUCAUUGUCAACAGUGUCAUCCUCAAAAGCUUUGUCAUCGUCAUCUGUUAUUUCUGCAAGGCCUAAAGGAAAGAAGGAACUUCAGGGCAAAUCGAGUGACACAAUUCUAGGUGCUGAAAAGGAAACAGAGAAUAAGAAAGAACCUAAUCGGAUCAGCGAUAUGAUAAAAACAGAAGAGUUGACAUUGGGUAAAGGUUUAAUUGAUAACUCUACAGGUCCUAGCUUUGAUAGAGCUGAAGAAGAGUCUAUAUCCCAUUUACAACAUGAUUUACCUUCAACCGGCAGUUCCAUUAUAAAUUCAACUGCAAAGAGUGUUGCAGAAGAAACAAGUGUUGGGACUCCAGAUAUUUUACAGAAUAUAGAUGGUACUAUAACAACUAAUUAUAAAGAAAAUAAUCAUUAUAGUACUAUUACCAAAUCAGCUAUAAAACCAGAUAUUGAAAAAUGUGCUAGUAGCAAGGAGCCUGCAAGACAAAAGUCACCUGACAUGGUAGAUGGCCUCGACAAUUUCCUGUCAGAUAAAGUUAAAGAAGGUGGUGCUGCAAAGGCUUUUGACUCUGAAAGUUUAGAGCUUGAUCUUGUUACUAGCAAUGGUUUAGUUUAUAAAACUAGUGAUGUCCCUGAACCAGUAGCUGCCUCGACACCUUAUCAGACUAGAGAAUUAAGAGAUAUGGACUCUGCAAAUGAUGGAAGCUCGCUGAAGAAACAUACAGAUAAGAGUAACAUGGCUCACAAUGCAGUGGAGAGGUUUUCUACAGAAACAACAUCUGUAUGUAGAUCAGUAUCUGAGGAGUCUCAAUCACAAGAACCCAUAUCUAGUGUGCUAGUACAUGAUGAAAGUUUUUCAGACACAGGAAACAAUGCCCUUGACUUGACGACAGAAUUCCAUUCAGCUAUGGAAGAUUCAGUGCUUUCAAGAGAACCUUGUGAACAUGAUAGUGAUAUCACACAGGAGAAAGAAGUAGGUUCUAUUUUAACAUGGAAGGAUAGUGCACUUUGGGAGCAAGAGUUGGAAGAUGAAUCGCUUGAAGGGAAAGCUGAGGAUGAGCCAAAAACGUAUAGAAUGGGAGAAAAGACCAUCAAAGGGGACCAAACUUAUAAAAACAGAGAAUUAGAUGGAAAGAAAACAGCAGACAAAGAAAAAGAAAAAGAGGAAGAAAAAAGGUGUACAUUUUUACCAACUGAUAAGCAAAAAGGAGGAGAUCAUUCUACUGAGCAGACCGCUGAACAGAGUAUUAAGAACCUUGAAGCUCUAGUGGACGUGUGUGCUGAUGGUGUUAAUGAGAGCAAAAUGGCAGAUCUUGAGAAGGAGAUUUCCAGCUUGCGGGAGAUAGUCGAUGCACGUGAAAGGAAGAUGGUGCAGUUAAGCAAAGAUAACAUUGACUUACAAGAAACCAAUGCCAUCCUUAGGAGUCAAUUGGAGCAGCUGGAGUCCAUGCAGCACAGUGAUAAUGCUGAACUUGAUCAAAUUAGAGAGGAGUUUACUAUACGAGUCGCUGCCACCGAGAAUAAGCUACACCUUGCUGCUAAGGAGAGGGAUCAGCUAAAGAAAGAACUUGAAGAUACAACAGCACACUUGACAUCAAUAAAUGAGAGACAUCAUGAAGAGUUUACCACACUCCUCAGUGAGAAGGAUGAACAGAUAGCUGAGCUUUUAGCUGAAGGUGAAAAGCUGUCAAAGCAGGAACUCCAGAGCAACACCAUUAUCAAAAAGCUGAGAGCUAAGGAAAAGGAGAACGAUGCACUUAUCAAAAAGCAGACAAAGAAAAUAGAAGAACUUGACUCUGAAGUGAAGCGUAUGACAGAAGUUCUGACGUCACGAGAUGAUAGUCACUGCAAGCAAGAAGAUGCCAUCAUCAAGCUUGACGCAUACGCCAAGAAGCAGCAAGAAGAACUCGUAAAACUGAAGGCCGAGCUAGAUGAUGCAAAUGAAAAGAACCGUAGUCUGCAAACGACUCUCGACAAUGCCUACAAGGAGUUGACAGAGCUUCACAAAGACAAAGCAACUAGAGAAAGCACCACAAAGGAGGCAGUACUAAGCGCGGAGAUGAAAGCCAAAGAAAACUUACGAAUGGCGCUAGAGAAAGCUCGUCGGGAUUUCGACCGUGAGAGCGAGCAAAUGGCUCUGCAGAUAUCUGACCUUCAAGCAAGCUUGAGCCGUGCGGAACAAAAGGGGACCCGGCGAGAAGACGGUUUACGGCAGGAGAUCACAGACCUGCAACAGCGACUCCAAGAAGCCGACGCCCGUAACCAAGAACUGGCAACCAGCGUCUCUAAUGCCACCCGUCCGUUAUUGAGACAGAUUGAGAAUCUGCAGAGCACGCAUAGUAACCAGGCGUCUUCGUGGGAGAAGGUGGAGCGUAACCUGACAGAGCGACUAAAUGAGUUUCAAUCUCAGCUCCUGGAAGCCCAAGAAAAAGAGCGACUAGCGUCUCAGAGUGCCUUGCAAGCUCAGAAUAGGCUCUCGAGUGUUGAGUCCCAAGUGAGGUCAUAUCGAACUGACAGGUCGCGUCUCGAGGCGGAGCUUGAGCUUGAGAGGUCCAAGAUUCGAUCGUUGGAGGAUACCCUGAGUAGGGAGCAAGCAAGGGCGGAGGCGUCUUUGACUAAGAUCAAGAAGCUUUUGGAGGAAGCUAACCAGGAUAAGGCGCAUGCAGAGCAGCAGCUGGCUGUUGAGAAGAGUCGUAUGGAGACUGAACGAACUAAACUGAAGGCGGCACUCGACGAGAAGGAAAAACGGCUAUCCCGUCAGUCCAGUUUUGGCAGCUUCCCGCCACCUUCCCCUACUACUGCAACCGCUGACGAUGGAUCGCAGGAGAAUGCAGACUCGACAUCCCAACGAGGGCACGCGCGCAUGAGCAUCACGGGAAGCAGCGUGGUGGAUGGUCUUGCGCGUGGCAUAAUGGGCGGCGCCACUGCUCCCAUUGUUGAGCGAUUGCAGGCUCAGGUCAGAGCAAAAGAAGGCGAGAUCGACCUUUUGCAGGAAGACUUAGUGGCCCUCGAGAAGUCACGCGAUUCCGUAACGGAGGAGUUGGCGCGCGUGACAGACAAAAUGGAGAGACUGGAAGCGGACCAGGAGGAGCUCAUUUCACUACGGGCUCAAUACAAGGAGCUAGAGCAGCGCUAUAAUGCAGUUCUACAAAUGUACGGAGAGAAAGAGGAGGAAGCUGAGGAGCUUAGAAUGGACCUUCAUGAUGUCAAGGCCAUGUACAAACAACAGCUCGAACAACUCUUCGCAUCAAGAUGACAAAGUACAAGUGAAGCAUAUAUUAUAAUGAAAUCGCAAAACGCUAUUUGGACGUGUUGAAAUGUAAGCACCUCUAUUUCCCUGCACCUCGAACGUGGCUUUCGAGUGUUGCUCGCUCCUUCCUUCAAGGGAGUCCCUUACCUUCGCGAUUUGGACCUGUCAAUCUCAACUAUACCACAUUCCAUGCGUUCUUAUUCCCCUACCAAUAAUCCCGCGCGCAUCAACUUCACAUUGCUAAGAAAAACAAAAAAAACAUAAGUAAAAUGGAACGUUUUUUUUUUUUUUUUUUUUGGGGGGGGGGGGGGGAGUUUGUAAAAUUAGUCCCUUUGGUGUAAAAUGAAAGAAAUCCUGGUUGUAAAGUAGAUAGGAAAGAAAAUGGAAUAAAAAUUGGAGAUAUAUUAAA